AUGCCUAGGCCGGGCCGCAACACGUACAGCGACCAGAAGCCGCCCUUCUACAUCUCGCUGACCGCUAUGGCCAUCCAGAGCUCCCCGGAGAAGAUGCUGCCGCUCAGUGAGAUCUACAAGUUCAUCAUGGACCGCUUCCCCUACUACCGGGAGAACACGCAGCGCUGGCAGAACAGCCUGCGCCACAAUCUCUCCUUCAACGAUUGCUUCAUCAAGAUCCCCAGGCGGCCAGACCAGCCCGGCAAGGGCAGCUUCUGGGCGUUGCAUCCCAGCUGCGGGGACAUGUUCGAGAACGGGAGCUUCCUGCGGCGCCGCAAGCGUUUCAAAGUGCUCAAGUCAGACCACCUGGCGCCCAGCAAGCCGGCGGACGCCGCGCAGUACCUCCAGCAGCAGGCUAAGCUGCGGCUCAGCGCGCUGGCCGCCUCCGGCACUCUGCCGCAGAUGCCGGCCGCUGCUUACAACCUGGGCGGUGUGGCGCAGCCUUCCGGCUUCAAGCAUCCCUUUGCCAUCGAGAAUAUCAUCGCGAGGGAGUACAAGAUGCCUGGGGGACUGGCCUUCUCUGCUAUGCAGCCGGUUCCGGCUGCCUACCCACUCCCUAACCAGUUAACUACCAUGGGCAGCUCUCUGGGCACCGGCUGGCCACAUGUGUACGGUUCCGCAGGUAUGAUCGACUCAGCCACCCCCAUCUCCAUGGCGAGUGGCGACUACAGCGCCUACGGAGUGCCGCUGAAGCCGCUGUGCCACGCUGCGGGCCAGACGUUGCCGGCCAUCCCAGUGCCCAUCAAGCCCACGCCGGCCGCAGUGCCCGCGCUGCCAGCGCUGCCCGCACCCAUCCCCACCCUGCUCUCGAACUCGCCGCCUUCGCUCAGCCCCACCUCCUCGCAGACAGCCACCAGCCAAAGCAGCCCCGCCACCCCUAGCGAGACACUCACCAGCCCGGCCUCCGCCUUGCACUCGGUGGCCGUGCACUGA